GCGUGAGGAAUUGGAAGCCGGUCUCAGUCUUCUGCAGACGCUGACUACGGAGAAUAUUUUCAUUUCUCCACAAUCUCCAGUUUGGGUAGAUUUGGGAUGAUUGACGACCUGAUGCCAUACAGGAAAGUAGUGCCAUGCAUUGUUUGUUGAUCAAGCAGAUGAGAAGUUUGGUGAAAUUCAAACAUUCACUGACCAAACAUUUUGUGAUCGGAGUUGCAUACUCUACGUUCAACAUGAGCCAAGCUAGACAGUCUUCCAGGAGUCCUGAUGGAAUUCAUAGACUUCCGUUCCAGUGGCUCAAACUGAGAGCCCCUGAAUUCAGAGUCAAUGGAGAUCAGAUAACAAUCCUCCAUGAGCCAUCAGAAUUCUACAAUGCAAUUAAGGAUAAUAUUGGUUUGUCAAAGAAGAGCAUUGUCUUAGCAUCUCUAUAUCUUGGUGAUGGAACGAUGGAAGCAGAACUGGUGAAAUCACUACGUGAUGCGUGUGAGAGAGCUCAGAGUGAAGGAGACGACCUGUGUGUUCACGUCCAUCUGGACUGUGUCCGGGGAUCGCGAGGAGCGAAGAACUCCCGCACCAUGCUGCAACCGCUCUUGAAGGAAUUCAGGGAUCGAGUGACGGUAUCUCUCUACCACACCCCUGAGCUGAGGGGUGUUAAGAAGGCUCUUAUCCCUGAAAGAUUCAACGAGGCCAUCGGUCUCUCCCAUCUCAAAGUCUACACCUUUGAUGAUAAUUUACUCAUGUCAGGGGCCAAUUUAAGUGAGAUGUAUUUCACCAAUAGACAAGACCGUUACAUCCUUAUCAAGAACUGUCCCGAGUUGGUAAACUUCUUCAACAAACUGGUCCUUGCUGUCGGCUCUCUGUCUUUCCAACUCCAUCCAGAUAAUUCAUUAAGUCUCUAUUCAGCCAACAGCAUUCACCCAUUUGAAGGAGAUUUUGAGGAAUUUAAGUGGAGAGCAUUCAACAAAAUACAGAAUGUUCUAGAAUCCCAAGAUGAUAGCCAUAGCUUAGAGUCAUUAAGAACAUGGCAGAGGACAGUCAUAGAAGGCAGUGAGAGCAAUCGUACAACGGACAGUCUCCAAGAAUCAAGAACUGACCAAAGCAAUCAAGAACAGGCUCCAUUAGGAAGUCUUUUAGUUGCUCAAGAGUCAAGAGGUGUGCAUUAUGUAUAUGAUGAAUCGGCGAGUAUUAGAACUAAGCACUCUGACAGAGAACAAGCGAGCGAUUCAGGAGCAUCUCAGGGAGACGGUGUCCAUGGUCAUCCGAGACAGGGUAGAACUGAAAUUGAUUCUGUCAAGGAAACGGUGGAUCAGGUCAAAGUUCACCUGCAGGAUGAGGAAGCCAUUCACGUGCGGGGGAACGAUACUCAAAAUGGAACGAAUACCAUGCAAAGAACUCUAGAUGACUCAAGAACAAUGUCGAUGGAAACGAAAGGCCUUGAGGAUCAGGUCAGAGACAUCAAGGAGGCUGACACUGUGAUCUAUCCUUUGGUUCAGAUGGGUCCUCUAGGUAUUACAGUAGACCAGGAGGUUACGAGACAGCUGCUUGGUGAAGGUGAUCCUGCAGCAGUGUGCUACUUAGCAUCGGGGUACUUCAAUCUCACCUCUGAGUACAUGGAUACCAUCUUGCAGUCCAAUGCUACCUUUGAAAUGCUGAUGGCUUCUCCUCAGGUCAAUGGAUUCUAUGGCUCCCGAGGAAUAUCAGGAUACGUCCCCGACUCGUAUACCUUUAUCGCUAGCCAGUUCUUCAAAGCUAUCAACCAAUGUCGACAGCAACGUAGGAUAACACUAUAUGAGUAUUACAGAGAUGCUUGGACAUUCCAUGUUAAAGGUUUGUGGUAUUAUCUUCCUGAAGAGAUUCACCCUUCUCUUACUCUCAUUGGAUCUCCAAACUUUGGUCAUAGGUCAGUUCAUCGUGAUCUUGAGGCUCAACUUGCCAUCGUUACCCAUAAUACCUCACUCAGGAAGCAGUUACAUGAGGAACAUGAACGGCUUUAUGCAAGAUCAGAAAAGGUAUCGGCUAACACAUUCACUCAACCAGAGAGGAGAGUACCGCUGUGGACAAGAUUGGUUACCAUAGUAACUCGUAACUUCUUUUGAAGCAAGAAUUUGAGCUUUGAAAAGGGUGGUGGUUGUCUCUGUCCUCGAGGUCAUCAUUGCAGUGAUCUCCUGCUAGUUGAACUUUGUCAGCUAUCUCUUGCUGCAGCAGUGUCCCUCCUGUAGAAAGAUGGCAUCCCUCUCUUGACCAGGCAGCAACCUCUGAUGUACCUGGAGAUGCCUGAGCCUCUUGGACACUUGCUUCCCCAUCUUCCUCUAGACCUCUACCAUAGUUGAUCAGGCUCUACAUCCAUUUCUUCAACAUCUUCAAGAUGGUCGAACCAGUCAGUGAAGUACUCAGCCUCAGUCUCUUCCAUAGCAUCAGUCUCCUCCGUAGAUCUAGAUCAUCUAGUUUGAGAGUACAAUUGCCAUCAACGCUGUUUAAAAUUGCAGUUUGAGUAGUGAAGAUUGAUGCAGCCCUUACUGGUCCUGGGACAAAAUACCCCAGUCACCAAAGGAGCCACAGUAUCACAAUAAUGGAAUGCCAUUGAUAAUACACAACUCUCCCCUGCCAAAUAUAAAUUUCCUCAACCAAAAUUUCAUGUUGUUUUGUGUAAUUAUUAUUGUUCAGUAAUAUGUGGUUUGACUAGAUAUGAAGUGACUCAAUAGACAUCAGAUUUGGUACUAAUAGUCUGUCCUGCUUGUGUCUUAUGCUUUUGUCUUGUCUUGUCUUUGUUUGAUAUGUUUUGAA